CUAUAUUCUAUAUCAGAAAUAUAUAUGACUGGGAUUUUACUUCAUUCCCUUUUUUUAUCGUUUUCUCGCCGUUGAUCUGUUGAUUCACUUUCUCUUUCUAAACUCUGGUCCUUUUCUCAGCUCUGAUCUUGAGAUUCGGACCGAUCUGCACCGUCAAAUGCUUAGACUUUUUGUAUUUGACCUAGUCUCGAUCCAGUUGUAAUAUAUAUACACAUAUACGUAUAGAGAGAGAAAUUAGAAAUAGUGGUUUUGAGUUGACACUGAGCUGCAGCUGCUGCGAUGGGGCAGUGUUAUGGUAAGUCGAUUCCAACCGGAGAUAAUGAUGUUUAUGCGACGACCACCAUUACAGCCACCGCUGAUGGCGAUGGAGGUGGCGAUCGGCCAUCGGAGACGCCGGUUCGUAACGGCACUCCGUCGGCUAAGAAUACUCCGGCGAGAUCCUCGGCUGGAAACAGUUCCUGGCCGAGCCCGUACCCUUACGGUGGAGUGGGAGCGGGAGGGACCAGUCCUCUGCCGGCGGGAGUGUCGCCGUCGCCAGCUAGGUCAACACCGAGGAGGUUUUUUAGGAAGCCGUUUCCUCCGCCGUCGCCGGCGAAGCACAUCAAGGCAUCUUUGGUGAGGAGGUUUGGGCACGGGAAGACACCAAGGGAGGGGACAAUUCCGGAGGAUGCUGCGGGGGUUACGGAGGAGCCGGAGAGGCAUCAGGCUUUGGACAAGAACUUUGGGUAUAAUAAAAAUUUUGGGGCAAAGUAUGAGCUUGGCAAAGAGGUGGGCCGAGGCCAUUUUGGUCACACUUGCUAUGCCAAAGGCCGAAAGGGAGAGCUCAAAGACCUGCCUGUUGCCGUCAAAAUCAUCUCCAAAUCUAAGAUGACAACUGCAAUAUCCAUUGAAGAUGUUCGCAGAGAAGUGAAAAUUUUGAAAGCACUUUCAGGCCAUAAGCAUCUAGUUAGAUUUUAUGAUGCUUGUGAGGAUGCCAACAAUGUGUAUGUAAUAAUGGAGCUGUGUGAUGGCGGAGAACUACUGGACAGAAUAUUGUCGAAAGGUGGUCGAUAUACUGAAGAGGAGGCAAAACUUAUCAUUGUACAAAUUCUAAGUGUAGUUUCAUUUUGUCACCUCCAAGGGGUUGUCCACCGUGACUUGAAACCUGAGAAUUUUCUUUUUACCUCUAGAAGAGAAGAUGCUGAUAUGAAGCUUAUUGAUUUUGGUCUUUCUGACUUUAUCAGGCCGGAUGAAAGACUAAAUGAUAUUGUUGGAAGUGCUUAUUAUGUGGCACCAGAAGUACUCCAUAGAUCUUAUAGUUUGGAGGCUGAUAUUUGGAGCAUUGGCGUUAUCUGCUAUAUUUUGCUAUGUGGAAGCAGACCUUUUUGGGCAAGGACAGAAUCUGGAAUAUUUCGUUCAGUAUUAAGAGCUGAUCCAAACUUCGAGGACAUGCCUUGGCCUUCUGUCUCACCACAAGCCAAGGACUUUGUAAAAAGGCUUUUAAACAAGGAUUACAGAAAAAGAAUGACUGCUGCUCAAGCUUUGACACAUCCAUGGUUGCGAAGCGAGAGCUAUCCUAUUCCUUUAGAUAUAUUAGUCUACAAGUUGGUUAAGUCAUAUCUACACGCUACACCUUUCAAACGUGCUGCGCUAAAGGCUCUAUCGAAAGCUUUGACUGAGGAUGAAUUGGUUUAUCUUAAAGCUCAAUUCAUGCUUCUGGAGCCCAAGGAUGGGCUAGUCUCUCUUGACAACUUCAAAAUGGCUCUUGCACGGAAUGCCACCGAUGCUAUGAAGGUCUCUAGGGUCCCCGAUAUUCUACACACGAUGGCACCAUUGUCUUAUAGGAAGAUGGACUUUGAAGAUUUCUGUGCAGCUGCAACCAGUACGUAUCAAUUGGAGGCCCUUGACAAAUGGGAGCAAAUUGCAUCUACAGCAUUUGAGUAUUUUGAACAAGAGGGUAACCGAGUAAUAUCAGUAGAGGAAUUGGCUCGGGAGUUGAAUGUGGGCCCCACUGCUCAUUCUGUGCUCAAAGAUUGGAUAAGGAGUGACAGAAAACUCAGUUUACUUGGAUAUACCAAAUUUUUGCACGGUUUGACGCUUCGUAACUCAAAUACAAGACAUCACUAGCUUUUCCUUUCUCAUUUUUCUUCUUCUUCUUCUUCUUUUUCCUCCUCUUCUUAUUUUCUUCAAAUUAUCAUUUGGUCAAAAUGGCAAUUAAAGAUUCAAUCAUUCAAAAGAUCAUGGGAAGUUUUUACAUUUAGGAUUGGGAAAAAAAGUCUUUACAGAUGUACUAGGUAACUAGAUGAUGUUUAGGCCGUUUGGAAGUCAAGAAUUUCUUCAUGCUAACAUGUACAGUAACUUGGACUGUACGUGUUUUUGUCCAUCAAAGAAGUAUUCUCAAGUUUUCAACAAAUAUAAAAACGAGGCUCUAUAACUGUGUCAAUAGUUCACAUCGUAGAAUUUUUGUCUAUUAAUAUUCCUACCGGGAUUUCAGUACUUAUUAGCAAUCAUGAUUGUGUAUAUGUUACAAAGAUCAGCAUUUAUGCUUGGUAAUGCUGCAUCAUUUUUUAAUCUUCAGUCUUAUUUUUAUCU